AACUUGUGCAUCCGGAUGGUCUCCAGCCCGUGGUUUGAGCGUGUCAGUAUGAUGGUGAUCUUGUUAAACUGUGUGACGUUGGGGAUGUACCAGCCCUGUGAGAACAUCGACUGCUCCUCUGAACGCUGUCAGAUUCUGCAGGCCUUCGAUGCAUUCAUCUACAUCUUCUUUGCACUGGAGAUGGUGGUGAAGAUGUUGGCUCUCGGGAUCUUCGGUAGACGUUGUUAUCUGGGAGACACCUGGAACAGACUGGACUUUUUCAUCGUAAUGGCAGGGGUGGUGGAGUAUUCUCUGGACUUGCAGAACAUCAAUCUGACGGCCAUCAGGACGGUUCGAGUCCUGCGUCCACUGAAGGCCAUCAACAGAGUUCCCAGCAUGCGUAUCCUGGUGAAUCUGUUGUUGGACACUCUGCCGAUGUUGGGGAACGUUCUGCUGCUGUGUUUCUUCGUCUUCUUCAUCUUCGGCAUCAUUGGUGUGCAGCUAUGGGCGGGGCUAUUGCGCAACCGCUGCUACCCGGAGGAGAACUUCACCCUCUCAACGGGUGUGGCACUUCCUGCACCGUACUACUCUCUGGAUGAGGAAGACGAGAGGCCCUUCAUCUGCUCUCUGGCGCAGGAUAACGGGAUUAUGUCCUGCAGUGAUGUGCCGGCGCGGCGUGUGGCAGGACACCAGUGCUGUCUGGAUAUAGAUGAUCUACUACAUCAUCAGGCUCUGGGCCUGCCGACCGAACCCUUUGUGAAUGCUAGUGCCAUCGUACCUGGUGUCUGUGUCAAUUGGAACCGAUACUAUACCCAAUGUCGCACGGGACACAAAAACCCACAUAAAGGAGCCAUCAACUUUGACAACAUCGGAUAUGCCUGGAUUGUUAUAUUUCAGGUCAUUACUCUGGAGGGUUGGGUGGAGAUCAUGUAUUACGUCAUGGAUGCUCAUUCCUUUUACAAUUUCAUCUAUUUUAUUCUGCUUAUAAUAGUCGGGUCGUUCUUCAUGAUAAACCUGUGUUUAGUCGUCAUAGCAACUCAGUUUUCGGAGACCAAACAGCGCGAGCAUCAGUUGAUGCAGGAGCAGCGGGCCGCCUGUCAAUCCUCCAGCACAUUGGCUUCGCUGGCCGAACCAGGCGACUGCUAUGAGGAAAUCUUUCAACUCAUCUGCCACGUCCUGCGUAAGGCGCGUCGACGCACUGCUGCAUUCUUCAGAAAUCUCUACUGUAAACCACAGGAGCAAACACCAGAGAAAACAAAUGUUAACGGAGGAGACAAGAGCCUCCAACAACAUGGUGAGAGAGGGAUUAAUGGACGAAUAAUUGGAGAGAUGCAUAGACAGACAAAUGAACUGAUGGGGACAAAUAGAUGGGCAGAAGAAUCUGAGCUCUGCUCUCAAUACACUGCAGAUGAAGCCACACCCACCACAUCAGCAGCCAAUCAGGAGACAGAGGAGGGAGCAGCAGAAGAGACAGGCAAGCAUCAGAGGGCGGAGGGGUCGUGUCAGUGGAGGGGCCGAGAGCUAUGGAUGGAGAUGAGGGUCAAACUGUGGGGAAUCGUGGAGAGUAAAUACUUCAACAGAGGAAUCAUGGUGGCCAUCCUCAUCAAUACAAUCAGCAUGGGCAUUGAACACCACGAACAGCCAGAGGAACUGACUAAUGUUCUGGAGAUCUGUAACAUCGUCUUCACCAGCAUGUUUGCCCUGGAGAUGAUCCUGAAGCUCACGGCAUUCGGCUGCUUUAAUUACCUGCGCAAUCCUUACAACAUCUUUGAUGGAAUCAUCGUUAUCAUCAGUGUGUGUGAGAUUGUGGGUCAGUCUGAUGGCGGUCUGUCGGUGCUCAGAACGUUCCGGUUGUUGCGUGUUUUGAAGCUGGUUCGUUUCAUGCCGGCUCUGCGCAGACAGCUGGUGGUUCUGAUGAAGACUAUGGACAAUGUGGCGACAUUCUGCAUGCUGCUGAUGCUCUUCAUCUUCAUCUUCAGUAUUCUGGGGAUGCAUAUUUUUGGCUGUAAGUUCAGUCUGAAGACAGAUGCUGGAGACACAGUACCAGACAGGAAGAACUUUGACUCUCUGCUUUGGGCCAUCGUCACUGUGUUUCAGAUUCUGACUCAGGAGGACUGGAAUGUGGUUCUGUAUAAUGGCAUGGCCUCCACGUCUCCUCUGGCUGCUCUGUAUUUUGUGGCUCUGAUGACGUUUGGAAACUACGUCCUUUUUAAUCUGCUGGUGGCCAUUCUGGUGGAGGGGUUCCAGGCGGAGGGUGAUGCCAAUCGUUCAUACACUGAUGACGACAGAUCGUCCUCUAAUGACAGUGAACAGCACAAAGACUCGCUCACAUUCUCUGAUCCUAAACUCUCGUCUCUCACUCCGAACGGUCAUCUGGAGCUGGAGCCGCUGGCAGAGGGAAAGACCAGGACGAGCUUCUCUGAGGAGUAUCACAGGAGCAGAACCGUCAGUCUGUGCAGGAGAUCUUCCUCUCUAUGCCACAGCCGCAGUUCUCAUUACCACCACUGGGGGCGUCCUCCCCCUCAGUCGUCCUGGAGCCGACGGUGCAGCUGGAACAGCGCGGGUUGUUCUACACGAGGUCUUAGGACAGGAGGGGGCAUCGGAGGCAGUUUACGUGUGCGCAGCGUUCACUCGCACCCCGCAGAACACGAAUCGCUGCUGCCGCACCCUCCCUUCCUGUCUCGGCGUGACCGCCGGGCGCUCUCACUCGAGCUGCCUGAACUCUUGCAGCGACCCCCUCUGGUCAGGAAGAAGAGCAUGUCUUCAGAGCACCAGGACUGUAACGGGAAGGGCCCAGGCCCUCAGGGGCCGCUGAUGGGUGAGAUUUACCCUCAGCUCAAUGCUCACAAAGACAAGAAAGACCUGGAGGAGGACACAGAAUAUAGUCUUUGUUUUCGCAUCCAGAAGAUGAUGGAGGUGUAUCGGCCGGACUGGUGUAACAAGAGAGACGAUUGGUCCAUUUAUUUAUUUUCUCCUCAGAACAAGUUUAGGAUGAUUUGUCAGACUAUCAUCGCUCAUAAACUCUUUGACUAUGUGGUUCUCGCUUUCAUAUUCCUCAACUGCAUCACUGUUGCUCUGGAGAGACCCAGAAUCCAUCAGGGCAGUCUGGAGCGAGUCUUCCUCACCAUCUCCAAUUAUGUGUUCACUGCCAUCUUUGUGGCUGAGAUGACUGUGAAGGUUGUCUCUAUGGGUCUGUAUCUGGGCGCACGAGCGUAUCUGCGCAGCAGCUGGAACGUUCUGGAUGGUUUUCUCGUCUUUGUGUCAUUGAUUGACAUUGUGGUGUCGAUGGCGGGCGGAGCAAAGAUUCUGGGCGUGCUGCGGGUGCUCAGACUGUUGAGGACAUUACGACCCCUCAGGGUCAUCAGUCGAGCUCCAGGUCUGAAGCUGGUGGUGGAGACUCUCAUCACGUCACUGAAGCCCAUCGGAAACAUCGUCCUCAUCUGCUGUGCUUUCUUCAUCAUCUUUGGCAUUCUUGGAGUUCAGCUCUUCAAAGGGAAGUUUUAUUACUGUGUGGGUUUGGAUGUGAAAAACAUCACGAAUAAGUCCGAUUGUCUCUCUGCAAAUUACCGCUGGGUUCAUCACAAGUAUAACUUCGACAACCUGGGACAGGCUCUGAUGUCUUUGUUUGUGUUGGCAUCUAAAGAUGGAUGGGUAAAUAUCAUGUACCAUGGUCUGGAUGCUGCAGGGAUCGACCAGCAGCCAGUGACUAACAACAAUCCCUGGAUGCUGCUGUAUUUCAUCUCCUUCCUGCUGAUCGUCAGUUUCUUCGUGUUGAACAUGUUCGUUGGUGUGGUGGUGGAGAACUUCCACAAGUGCCGUCAACAUCAGGAGGUGGAGGAGGCCCGACGACGAGAGGAGAAACGACUCAAGCGCCUGGAGAAAAGGAGACGCAAAGCUCAGCGCUUGCCCUAUUACUCGUCGUACGGUCGUGUUCGUCUGAUGAUUCACUCGUUCUGCACCAGUCAUUAUCUGGAUCUCUUCAUCACCCUCAUCAUCUGCAUUAAUGUGAUCACCAUGAGUCUGGAGCACUACAGCCAACCACAGUCGUUGGAGACGGCGCUGAAAUACUGUAAUUACUUCUUCAGCUCCACGUUUGUUGUUGAAGCCACACUGAAACUCGUCGCAUUUGGAUUCAGACGCUUCUUUAAAGACAGGUGGAAUCAGUUGGAUCUGGCGAUCGUUCUGUUGUCUGUGAUGGGAAUCACUCUAGAGGAGAUUGAAAUCAACGCGUCUCUGCCCAUCAACCCCACCAUCAUCAGGAUCAUGAGGGUGCUGCGCAUCGCCCGCGUUCUGAAGUUGUUGAAGAUGGCCACAGGAAUGAGAGCGCUGCUAGAUACUGUCGUACAGGCGUUACCUCAGGUGGGGAAUCUGGGUUUACUCUUCGUCUUGUUGUUCUUCAUCUACGCUGCGCUCGGUGUCGAGCUGUUUGGAGAACUGGUGUGUAAUGUGGAAUACCCGUGUGAAGGAAUGAGUCGUCACGCUACCUUUGAGAACUUCGGUAUGGCAUUCCUCACGCUAUUCCAGGUGUCUACAGGAGAUAACUGGAAUGGCAUCAUGAAGGACACGUUGCGUGAAUGUCCGCCGGGCGACAGCUACUCGUGUAACUCCAGCCUGCAGAUCAUCUCGCCCAUGUACUUCGUGAGCUUCGUGUUGACGGCUCAGUUUGUGCUGAUUAACGUGGUUGUGGCUGUUCUGAUGAAACACUUGGACGACUCCAAUAAAGAAGCACAGGAGGACGCAGAGAUGGAUGCCGAGAUCGAGCUUGAGCUGGCGCAAGGCGGCCUGUGCUGUCUGGGGCGACUCGACCGCCUCGCCGGAGCUGAUGGGGCCGAGAGACCCGCGGGAAACUGUGUGAACAGACGUGCGGCGAUGGCUGCGGUCCACACACAGCCGAACCAGAGCGCAUUAACGCUACACCGAACAACACACGACACGCACCAGAGGAAAGUCUACUCACCAGCACAGGAGAGCCUGUGGUUGGAGAGUGUGUCGCUGCUGAUGAAGGAUUCAUUGGAUGGUGAAAUGCACAUGAUUGAUAAUCUAUCAGGAUCAGUGUUUCAUCAUUACAGCUCUCCACCAAUCAGACGAGAUGACAGGAGCAAAUCAGGAGAGAUUCAGUUGGCAGAGGUCGAGCAGACGUCUCUGAUGUCAGAACAGCUCUCAGAUAAAUCCUCAUCGCCAGCGCUGGCUGAUGACAUCAGCCUGGAUGAGCACAGUGUGUCCCAGCAGCUGGACAGAGGCUGUAAGGAGGAUGAGGGCAGCAGUGACUCUCACAGCACAGAAGAGGAGGGCGUAUGCAGAAGAUCUCUUCCUGAGAGUGAGACAUGCAGUUUAGAGAGAGACAGACAGAACGGGCAGCUUGAUUCGGGUCAGCGCAGAGAUGGUAGCAGAGGAGACGGCCGCACGUCUUCACCUCUCUUUCAUCUGCCAGCAGAGUUCUUCCACCUGACCACAGCGGUGAUUCCUCAGGUGAUUCCAGCGACCGGCGCGGCUCAGGUGGGAUCCAGACAUGCAUCUCCAGUAUCCUGGGCUUCUCUCAGGUCAUCGGGGGCCAACAGCAGGGUCAUGAGCUCACAGAAAACGUCUCACAGUAACUCUGCUUCAGGUAGUUCUGUGAGCAGCCUGCAGAUGAUGCUAGAGGAGGGUUUGAGUGUCAGUGUUUGUCCUCCAGGAGACCUGACGUUGCCCUUGAUCUGUCCACACUCCAAAAACCCCACGCCCUCUCCAGCACUCACACACAGAUCACAAGCACCACAAACUGUGUGCAGCCUCCAGGCUGCCAGGGGGCACCAGAGAAACCAGCACAGAUAUGACUGCACAAACCCCAACUGGAUCCAACGAGAGUCCACAGACCGCUCCAAUGAGGACACAGGAUUUGGGAUCUCAGCUGGAGUACCUUGUAGUCACGAACAGUUAAUGGAUAAUCUGAGUAGCAUCUCUUUGACCUCACUGCUCCCGCCUGGUUCGCCAACUCCCCCGCUGGCCAAGAAGUGCAACAGCACUGGGAGUUUAGUACAGGGGAAACUAGUGGUGUGGAAUAAAGGAUUGGACAAGCAUGGCUUUCUCUCCGACCCCUGGACUGAAACUAUGAGUGAGGUAACAGAGACUAAGACACCCCCUGUUGAUGUUAAGACAUGCAGCCAGACAAUGAAUGCUAGCUGUCGUAAAAACAGAUGAAAUGUAGCAUUUGUGCAUGACUACAGCCCCACGGCAAAAGAAAACAUAUUUUCCCGAGUUGUGAAUGUCCGUUUGCAGUCUGAACUGAAUGUUGAGGAGAUAAAAAUAUAUGUCGCAAAAUAAUAGGAAGGAAACACGUCUUUGAACUGAGUUUGUGCUCGUGGGUGAAACACAACAGCAUCCAUCGCAUGUAUUCCAAUUCACACACAAAUGACUCUUAUGAACUGAUUAUUUUUAGUGAAUCAAAACAGACAGAGCAACCAGUGUAGUCCGACAAACAAAUAACUCUUAUAAAACAAUUAUUUUUAGUGAAUCAAAACAGACAGAGAAACCAGUGUAGUCCGACAAACAAAUAACUCUUAUGAACCAUUCUUUUUAGUGAAUCAAAACAGACAGAGAAACCAGUGUAGUCUGACAAACAAAUAACUCUUAUAUGAAUCGAUUCUUUUUAGUGAUUCAAAACAGACAGCGCAUCCAGUGUAGUCGAAAAUGACUCUUAUGACGUGGUUCUUUUAAUUAAUCGUUCAAAAAUACUCACAAACUGACAGAAACAUUUUCCUCAUGCCAAGCUGUAUUUAAAGAAACUUGUUUGCAACAAGUUGUUUUUUGUAAAAAUAUUCAUUUAAAAAAAUUAUUAAAACAUCACAUUUCUCAGCAAAUAAUCUGAGUAAUGGCAAGUAGCAUGUAAACGGGAUUGAAGUGGUUGGCCCAAAUCAUGUAAAAAUCUUAAUCUAAUUAUUCCUUACACUCUGAUUAUUGCAAUAAUCAGAGUAUUGAUGUACAUGUAAAUGUAACCAUAGGCCACGUCCACACUAAUACGUUUAAGUUUGAAACCUCUGUUUUCAGUUUCCUAACAUCAUCGUUUUCCAAAGUAGAGCGUUGACAAAAGUUUUUGGUAGAGGAAAACGCAUUCCACUGUGUAUGAGAGGCGCUAACGUAGCGUAAUCAAUGCGUUUUCGAACAAAAGUUUCGAACAAGUUUUCAGCUAAUAUGGUAAUUCUGACAUUAGCGAACACAGCAUUAGAACAGCAUCUUUUGCUUGAUACUUCUUAUAUGAGAGAAUGGAGAAGUGACUGGCUAUUUUAUAAAUGUUAACCAGUAUGUUAGAGUUGUGUGUGAAGGUGUUUGAAGGACUGUGAUGAUAGUAGAACAUUGAUGUUACUGGAGAAACAUCUUAUGGCCAAACGAUGACAGAAAUCAUGAAUGAAAUGAGAUGUUUUGUAAUAGGAAUGUUUUAAUGGAUGUUCUGUGUUUAUUGUGUAAUAAUGAUGAAAGUUUGCUGAAUGAUGGAAAAUGUGUUGCUCUGUUCCAAAACCUAGUGAGCUGUCUACCUAGGCAACAUGUAACUGGAUGAGACACAUGCUGAAGUUUAAUAUUUAGUGCUGGAGGUUUGUUUGAAUCAUUAACCCUAAGUCUGUGCAAUAAUACAAAACAAAAAACACUAUUUAUGAUACCUUUUUUGUUUAUGGCCAAAUUCUACGAAAUAUCACAUGUAUCCGUUGCGGAGAAUGCACUGCAACAAACUUAAUCCAAGACGACGGAAAUGUUAUCGAAAAAUAUUGAUAGAAAAUGUUUAUGUUGAAUUGAAAAUACAGUAUUUCACCUCAUAUCUGUGUGUGCCAUAUAUUUUUGUGCUUAUAAGAGUAUGGAGCUGUUAGCUUAUCAGCUUACUAACAUCAGAAAGUGCAUCCCAAACUGCACACUUCUGCAGUAGUGCGAGUAGUAUGUUAACAGUGAAAAUGCAUCAAAAAUAAGUAUAAUACGAGUACCUAGAUGAUGCACUUCUU